CGAGCUGACCCAGCUCCAAGGGAAGUGUGCGUGUGGAAACCAAGCAGCCGAGGCAUGUGAAUAGUCAUAACGGCUCUCCAUCGGUUGGGGUCAGCUUCUGAGAAAUGACUGAGUGUGUGGCAGGGAUUCACUGAGACUGAAGGAUACACCUACGAUCGUGGUCCCGGCGUGGUGUGUGUGUGUGUGUGUGAAGAGGCCCGGGCAGCGGAGGAACGCGAGUGGCCUGCCCCGCUGGUUGGCGCGCGCGCGCGUGUGCGCGUGCGCGUGGAGAGCGGCGCGCGCGGCGUCGACGGAGGGAGGGGAGAGGUGGCGGCAGGCCCAGCCCCCGGUCGCUGAGCCCGGGGCGGCUCCUCCGCUAGCCUGGGACCGCUGCACUCCUGCGGCUGCCGCACGCUGCUGUUACUCCCGGCCUGCGCCGCGCCCGCCAGCGCCCGCAGCCGACUGGGUUCCCUGUCCGCCCAGACGCCGCUUCUCGGGGCUCUCGUUCUCGGCUCCGCGGAGGGAGAGGAGAUGAGUGCGGCGGAGGCGCCAGCGGCGGAGCGGGGUUGGAAGAGUGAGAAAGUGGACGAGGCUCAGGCCCUGGCGCGGAGUUGCGCUGCCCGCAGACCCGACUUUCAGCCGUGCGACGGGCUCUCCAUCUGUGCCACGCAUAGCCAUGGCAAGUGCUUCAAGCUGCACUGGUGCUGCCACCUAGGAUGGUGUCACUGCAGAUACGUGUACCAGCCCAUGACCCCAGUGGAGCAGCUUCCGAGCACCGAGAUCCCUGCGGAGCCUCGGGAGCCCACAAACACCAUUCAGAUCUCAGUCUCUCUCACUGAACACUUUCUGAAAUUUGCAUCUGUCUUCCAGCCUCCGCUCCCGCCUGAUUCACCAAGGUACUGUAUGAUCUCAGACCUCUUUAUCGACAACUAUCAGGUUAAAUGUAUUAAUGGGAAGAUGUGUUACGUGCAGAAGCAGCCGGCACCACAGUCCCACAAAACGAGCCCUCAGGAGGUCUCUGCACACGAUGCCUUAAUUUCAAAAGAUAGCAAUACACCAAAAACAGAUCACUGCUCUUCUCCCUCAAGUUCUGAGGACUCUGGGAUCAAUGCCAUCGGGGCUCACUAUGUGGAAUCGUGUGAUGAGGACACAGAAGAGGGAGCAGAACUGAGCUCAGAGGAAGAUUACAGUCCAGAGAGCAGCUGGGAACCUGAUGAGUGCACCCUCCUCUCUCCGUCGCAGUCUGACCUGGAGGUGAUCGAGACGAUAGAGACCACCGUGUGAGAGUCGGGAGGGAGGCCGUGCCCUCUGGUCCCAGCUGAGCUUUUGUACUUUCAUUGGCUGGAUCAUUUUUCCAGUGCCAUUGGUAUUUUCUACCCCUAACAACCGUAGCAAUUCAGUGGUCGGCUGAUUAGCUUCCCUCUUAAAUUAGCAUUAUAACUAUGAUAUUUAUUUUCUUUUAUAACCUGACUUAUUUUCUAUGUAGCAUCUGGUGUCAUGAAUUAUGACCCAGCCUUAAUUUCACCAGGAACUUUGUAAGUGAUGAAGUGAUGAUCACAGACUAUAAUGGACCAAGUUGAGGAGCCACCCGAGUGAAGGAGACAGUGCUUUCUGAAUGCCCAGCUCUUCACAGAAAAGCCUUGGCAUUCCAUCUGGCAUGCUGACAGGCACCCCUCCGGCCCUGCUAGCCCCUUGUGGGAAUUGGCUCCUGUGAGGGGAGCAGCCUGUGCCCUGGUAGAUGCCAUUCUGUCUCUUUCCCCUUCUCCCCACCAUCUGCUUGGGUUGGGGCCAGCUGCCUGGCUUCUAGGAGGGUAAGGGGGUCCAGCUUGGCUGCUACUUAGCCAGUGUCUGAACAACCCACGAUGACCUGGGCUGCGCUCGACUUUCAUUUACAAAGAGAUGACAUCCUCAGUUUCAUGCUCAAUCCAGCUCUAGCUGAGCCACCUGUGCUCUGCAGUGUGCUAUGGGGAAACAGAAUGAAUAAGACCUGGUUCCCCACAUGAAGGGAACCAUAGCGCAGCAGUGGAGAUAACACACACAGAUAACAUUACCCAGAGUGCUCUGGGAACCCAGGGGAAGGAAAGAUGUACUGGGCUUGUAGCUGGGGAAUGUGUUACAGCAUUUGAGCUGCUCUCUUGGGUGGGUUUCCUAACAUUUCCCUGCUUUUCUUAAUUGUUCUUGAAAUCUAAAAAAAAACUUUUAGGAAGUUAUAUAGGUAUUAUAUUUAGGAGGCAGCCACAUCUGAUGUCUUAAGAAAAUAUCAGUAAUAGUUUUAGUUAGCCUGGAAAUGCUAAAGACAGCAGUCCUUUAGAGAUUAGGAAUGAAUCUAAUAGGUUUGAUGAAUUUGCUUCAUUUGGUUGUAUGAAGCUUUAGAAUGGCUUGGGUGAGAAAUGGGUUAGCAUUCAGUAUGAUGCAUGUUUUUUUAUGCAAAUGCAAAAGCAGUUGAAAUAGUUCACUGCUGAGUCAGGAGAAAAUAGUUUGUGUAAUAUUCACUCACUUUACUACAGUAAUAUUCAUGGUCUGUUGUACAUGUCCUCUCUUCUUACACAUGCAAAAUAGUGAGUAAUUCUUUCUUAUUUAGCUCUCUUCAGAAUUCUACUCCUCAUCUCCAUUUACACCAGGUGUUCUUGUGCGAGUUGGUUAUCUGCCAUUUCUCCAAAUCUCCUCCCUGUGAGACAUAGCUAAGAAUCGGGGAAAUUUAACAUAUGGCCUAGUGAAACUCGAACUGUCAAGAGUUGGAGAUAGAGAAGUAGUUCUUAUACCCUAACUGUCCGUGAGUGUGCCCUUGCGGUGUUAUUUCACGCUGUGUCCCCACUAUGGCGCCCCUCUUGUGUGCUGCAUUAGCUUGUAUUUUAAAAAAUAAGAAGAUGCCUGUUGUGUUUUUCUCUGAAGCCUCCACUUGGCUUCCCUCACAAAUCACUCUAGGCAGAACCUGCUUUCCUAGUUGUACAUGUAGUUCCAGUGACUGGCUAGAAUGCUUUAUUAGGCUGAAGUGCCCAGAACACCCACAGAGUUUAGAAGGCAGAGUGUGCAUAUCCCUGCGAGAACAGUGUCCAUUAAAACUUUUUAUGCAGGUGUGAGUGCAGCGUAAGGUUCCCACUCACUGAAAUGUAAGGACUCACAAGUCAAACCAGUAAGGUGGUGAGAAGAGCUGCAGGAACAGGAGGGCAAAGGAGAGGGUGGGGGUGGAGGGGGUACAGCCAGGGGCUUCCCCACCAGCCUGGCCCACCCAGCCCAGGUGGCUUAGGGACAGACAUCCGCUGAGCCUGCGUGGGGUUCUCAGUGCCUCUGUGAUUGCGUGGCCAGCUGAAGGCGAGCCCAGAGCUGUGCAGUCAGCCGCUGUGUGUUCGGGGUGGUGACAGCAACAUCAGGGCCCUGUCUGCACCCCCACCCGCCCCCAGUGGGUAAGCUCAUUGGAUUCCCUAGUGUGUGCUCAGAGGGCCCUCUUUCUGUGCCGUUCCUACCUGUUCUCUGCUCUGGGCCCACACCCCUGUCCCUUCCACUAAUUGGAUUCAACCGCAAGGUCUUUAAAGCCAUGGAAAUGCAUGGUCGCAGGGCCACAGUUCUGAAGCUGGCUGUGUCAGGGUUGGGCCCUUUUUCAGUAAUAUCUAUAACUUUUAAACUCCUGAACUGCCAUUCAGAAUAGCCACAAUUUUAAUGGAAUUUUUGGAUUUAAUAAUGGUUGAUAUCACUUUAAAUAUUUGCACAAUCUCUUUAUAAUUAAAAACUCACUAAGCUUUCCUUACUACUGUUUUAUAGAAUUGGAGAUGUUCCAUUGGAUUCUAAAUAUUAGAUGCUCCUGGAUCUCAAAAUAACCUUUUCUAAACAAGCACAAGCAAGAAUUUCUUUUGUCCUAGCACUGUUGAUAUUAAUAAUUCUCUAGAAAAUCGUAUAUGAUCGAACCAGAAUUGUUUUUUUUUAUGCUUGCAUUCCAAAACAACUGAUAAGGAUAUAAAAACAUGUAGUUUCAACUUCAGUUCUAGGCCUAUUCUGUUCUAUAUUAUAUAAAAGAAUUUCUCUGUAAUCCUGAUAUUAUAUUACUCAUUUGUAUAAUCAUAUUUAUAGGCACCUUAGAAAACGUUUAGACAUGUAUUAUAUCAUCGGACACAGUCAUGUUAAGUAGCUUUUUGGUUGACACUCGUGCACCGAGGGACGACAGUCUUACGGUCUGGCCCUGGUGGUUGGAGGUGUGCAGGCACGGCUGUGUGGCUGAGAGGCUGCCUCCUCGGGCUGUGGUGGAAACCCGGCCCCAUGCCUACUUUUUGAAAGUUGAUAAUAAGCUGUUAGGUAGAAGAUAGAAAAUAAGUGCUAUGUGGAAUUUGGCUUUCUUAUUUAACCAAAAUUUACUUUAGAAUUUUCAGGUUUCAAAUAAUUCUAACUUUUCUGAGAAAUGACAAAAGAAUUAAAAUGCUUUGUGGUUGUAGUUAGUUGGUAACAAAUAAGGCUUUACCAUCAUAUCCAGAUAUAUUUUUAACCCUGUAAUUUUCAGGGUCCGAAAAGAGAAUUUGAGGGAAACUCUGAAGGAAAACAGGUUGCCCCCUACAAAGGGAGGACCUGCAGGUUACGGUGCCAGCGCCCAAAGUGAAGGAGCGCUGAGGCCGGAGCCAGACUGGAAGCUGUCCCGAAGCACCUUUGGGAUUCGACUUGCGGGUGGGCUUUUAUUUCUUAACCUCCACUUCCUGGCCUGUUAGAUGCAUCACACUGUUUGGGAACUGAUCAUAACAACUCCUUUUAUGCAAAUUUCUCUAUUUGGGUCAUAGGAUGUAACCGGAUAAUUUAGAAAGCUGUCAAAAUACCAGGUGUAUUUAAAUACUGGCAGUAUAAAUACUACUAGGCAAAAAAAAUGGUGUAAGAUAAAAUAAUAUUUAUACAGUUGGUUUUUGGUUAUUCCAUGUUGUUUGCUAAAUUUUAUUGAAACAUUUUGGCUUUUUACAUGAAAAAAAUUUUUAACAGUCUUCUUUCCUAUUUCCCUCUCCAGAGGAGCUGUGAACCAACAUUAAGGUGGCCAGUUGUGUUGUAGGCCUCUUAGAAAGUGAUGUGCGGUUAGUGUGUUGCCCCUGAGGAGAGGGGGCAGGAGGCGGGAAUUCCUGUCACCUGCCAGGGCUGCGGUCCCAGGGGGCUCGGUGUGCCCCACGUCCAAGCACAAGUACGAGAGAACUUCUCAGAAUUUUGGAGUUAUGUACCUUUUGAAAAUUUUGUAUGUCACGGACUCCUUUAAGUAUCCCAGAUAAUUGAGAGUGGACUGUGUUCGAACAGGGCCGUGUUUCUGUUAGCGCUUCGAGUGCCUUUUUCUAUUGGGGUCGGUACGGUUCUCUCUCAACACUGAACAGGUUGGGCAGCAAACGUCACUGGAGGUUUGGGUGUGGAGCCCCCAUGUUACUUUGUUCACACACACUUUUUAGGCCGUUCAUACCUUAAAAUAUUCACUAACUGUGCUGUUUUUAAAAUCUGUUUUAAAUUUUAAGCACAAUGUUGACCAUUCUGUAAUUUCCUAAAAUGACAUUGUUUUCCUACAGACAGCUUGACUUUCCUUUCUGUAUAAGACUUUAGGAAAAUAACUACCUUGUGCAAUAAACGUGAUUUUUUUCCUUUUGUACCA